GGACGUCGCCUCCCUUUGCAUCCAUGUACGUACGUCCGGCCGGAUCCGGCAGCGCACGAAACUUGCACGCGAGGAGCGAGAAAAGUCUCGCUCGCACGGCCGCCCGGGUUCCCUCCCUCAUUCGCCUUUAAGUACGCGCCGGCGCCGGCCGGGACGAAGGGAGUGGAGCCGAGCACGCACGCACGCACGUACGCCACUCCAGCUGGCUGCCUCGUCCGUCGUCCGUCGUACGUCUCCCCCGCCCGCGGCCGUGCGCGGUGCGCCCAGCAGCGGGGAUGUGCGCCGCGGGCGAGCGCUGCGAGCUGUGCGGCGCGGGGGCGGACGUGCACUGCCGGGCCGACGCGGCGUUCCUCUGCUGGCCGUGCGACGCCGAGGUGCACGGCGCCAACACCCUCGCGUCCCGCCACCGCCGCACGCGCGUCUCGCAGUCCAGGGGCGUCGUUCGCGUGCGCUGCGAGGUGGCGCUCGAGGGCUGGGCCCGGCGGAUGGGCCUCGAGGAGGGGGCGGCGCACCGGUGUGCCGAGGCGGCCGCGCGCGUGAUCCGGACCGAGGUCGCCGUGGCGGCGCCGCGCAUGCCGCUGCUCGUCGCGAUGGCGGCCGCGCUGUGGUGGGAGGUGGCGGCUCACGGCGUCCACGAGCCUGAGGACGCGCUCCAGCGCUUGGAGGCCAGUGCGCACGUGCCGGCAAGGCUGCUUGUGGCGGUGGCAGCGGCGAUCGGGCGCGCGCGCGCCAGGAAGAGGACGGCCGCAGUGAACGCCUAGGAGGGGCCAGGUCGAAUGCCCGUGUACCCAGCAAUGACGGGCCUGCGGCCUUUUAGAUAUAUGGGUAAUUAAAAAAUAUCAUCAUGAAAAAUAAUCGACAAGUCAUA